AUGGGCCCCAACGAGAGACAAGACCAUGGGAUAGAAACAUUAUCAAUCGACUCCCCAACCCACAUCGCCCUCGAAUACCCCGAAGGCGGCCUAGCCGCGUGGAUCGUGGUCGCCGGCGCAUCAAUGAUGCUAGCCUGCACAUUCGGCAUGAUGAGCACAGUGGGGGUGCUGCAAUCGCACUGGGAAACGCACCAGCUAGAAGGCUACAGCUCAAGCACAAUAGGAUGGAUACCGUCUGUUUUCAUAUUCCUGAACCUAGUGCUAGGCCUACAGAUCGGGCCGAUGUUUGAUCGGUACGGGCCGCGAUGGAUUAUGCUCGUUGGCUCUGUCCUCUAUACGCUCUCUAUAUUUCUUCUUGGGUCUUGUGAGAAGUAUUACCAGUUUAUGCUAUGCUUAGGUGUGCUUGGGGGAGGGGGCAGUGCGCUUGUUUCGACGCCUGGCAUGGCGAUUUUGUCGCAUUGGUUUUGUCGAUGA